AUGGUUUUGGACUGCUCUUCUGCUACUUCUCACUUGAAAACUUAUCCUAAGAAGGACGGUUUGGAUAUUCGUUCGUUGAUCGAUUCCUCUAACUUUGGUGGUUUGACUUACAAUGACUUUUUGAUUUUGCCAGGUUUGAUCAACUUUCCAUCUUCUGAAGUUAGCUUGGACUCUAAGUUGACUAAGAAGAUUACUUUGAAAUCUCCUUUCUUAUCUUCUCCUAUGGACACUGUCACGGAGGAGAAUAUGGCUAUCCACAUGGCCUUGUUGGGUGGUAUCGGUAUUAUUCACCAUAACUGCAGUGCUGAAGAACAGGCUGCUAUGGUCAAGAAGGUCAAAAAGUACGAGAAUGGCUUUAUUAGUGACCCAGUUGUCGUCUCCCCAUCUGUCACUGUUGGUGAAAUCAAGAAGAUGAAGGAGAGAAUUGGUUUUUCUUCUUUCCCUGUUACUGAAAAUGGUAAAACUGGAGGCAAACUUGUUGGAAUUGUUACUUCCCGUGAUGUUCAAUUCCAUGACGAUGAUUCUACUCCAGUGUCUGAAGUUAUGACUAAGGAUUUGAUUACAGGUAAGCAAGGCAUUACCUUGACUGAAGGUAACUCUCUUUUGAGAAGCUCCAAGAAAGGAAAGUUGCCUAUCGUGGACUCUGAAGGUAACUUAGUGUCUUUGAUUUCCUUGACUGAUUUGCAGAAGAACCAAUCAUACCCAGACGCUUCGAAAUCUUUCCACUCUAAGCAAUUGUUGUGUGGUGCCGCUAUCGGUACCCUUCCAGCUGACAGAGAAAGAUUGGACAAGUUGGUUGAAGCCGGCUUAGAUGUUGUUGUUUUGGACUCUUCUAACGGUUCCUCUAUUUUCCAAUUGGACAUGAUCAAGUGGAUCAAGAACAAAUACCCAGACUUGGAAGUUAUCGCCGGUAAUGUUGUCACUAGAGAACAAGCUGCUCUUUUGAUUGAAGCAGGUGCCGAUGGAUUGAGAAUUGGUAUGGGUUCUGGUUCCAUCUGUAUCACCCAGGAGGUUAUGGCCUGUGGCAGACCACAAGGAACUGCUGUUUUCAACGUUUGCGAAUUUGCUAAGCAAUUUGGUGUUCCAUGUAUUGCUGAUGGUGGUAUUGGAAACAUUGGUCAUAUUGCUAAGGCUUUAGCUUUGGGUGCUUCUUGUGUUAUGAUGGGAGGUUUGUUGGCUGGUACCUCUGAGACUCCAGGUGACUACUUCUACCGUGACGGACAAAGAUUGAAGACUUACCGUGGUAUGGGAUCCAUCGAUGCUAUGCAACAAACUUCCACCAAUGCCAACGCUUCCACAUCUCGUUACUUCUCUGAGUCUGACAAGGUUUUGGUCGCUCAAGGUGUUUCAGGUUCGGUUAUUGACAAGGGUUCCAUCACAAAGUUUGUUCCAUACUUGUUCAACGGUUUGCAACACUCUUUGCAAGACAUUGGUGUCAAAUCUGUUGAUGAAUUGAGAGAGAAGGUUUACGAAGGAGAAGUCAGAUUUGAGUUUAGAACUGCUUCCGCCCAAUUAGAAGGUGGUGUCCAUGGUUUGCACUCCUACGAGAAGAAGUUGCACAAUUAA